GCCGUCGAUAGCCGGGUUAGCCAAGUUUAAAACGUCGCAGUGGCCUGUUUGCUUACAUCCAGAUUACCCAAAGCGAAAGUCAGAAAUAUAGAUCGACUUGUAUGGCGUUUGUAAAGCGGUAUCGGAGGUCGUCUAACUCCUCCGAGGAAGGCGACCAGGACAACGAGGAGUACGUGCCGUACGUGCCGUUGAAGGAACGGAAGAAGCAGCACCUCAUGAAGUUGGGUAGGAUCGUACAUCUAGCCUCGGAAAUGGCGCAGCCAAAGUCUUCGAGCGAAAACGAGAAUGAGGACGACUCGCUAGGCGCUCACGACGUCGAGACCUGGGGGCGGAAGUACAACAUUAGUUUGCUUGACCAGCACACAGAACUAAAGAAAAUUGCGGAGGCCAAAAAGCUGAGUGCCGUCGAAAAGCAGCUACGAGAGGAGGAAAAGAUUAUGAAGAGCAUUGCUCAGCAGAAGGCCCUUAUGGGUGUGGCAGAGCUAGCAAAGGGAAUUCAGUACGAGCAGCCCAUCAAAACCUCCUGGCAGCCGCCGCGUUACAUUCGAGCAAUGUCGGAGAAAGAGCGCGAGGCCGUGCGCCAGGAGUUGAGGAUUCUAGUGGAGGGAGAAAAUCCAAGCCCGCCAAUUCGCAGCUUCCGAGAAAUGAAGUUCCCCAAAGGUAUUCUGAACGGCUUAGCGGCCAAAGGCAUUAAGACCCCGACCCCAAUCCAAGUGCAAGGUCUGCCCACUGUACUAGCUGGCCGCGACCUAAUUGGCAUAGCCUUCACAGGGUCUGGAAAAACGCUUGUCUUCGUGCUGCCGGUCAUCAUGUUUGCCCUGGAACAGGAGUACAGUCUGCCUUUUGAGCGUAGCGAGGGCCCCUACGGGCUGAUCAUCUGCCCGUCCCGCGAGCUGGCCAAGCAAACACACGAGAUCAUCCAACACUACAGCAAGCACCUUCAGGUGUGCGGAAUGCCUGAGAUUCGUUCCUGCCUGGCUAUGGGUGGGUUGCCGGUCAGCGAGGCCCUUGACGUGAUCUCACGCGGAGUACAUAUCGUUGUGGCGACACCAGGCCGCCUCAUGGACAUGCUGGACAAGAAAAUCCUUACGCUAGACAUGUGCCGGUACCUGUGCAUGGAUGAGGCUGACCGCAUGAUUGACAUGGGAUUUGAAGAGGACGUGCGUACGAUAUUCUCCUUCUUCAAAGGCCAGCGUCAGACACUUCUAUUUUCGGCCACCAUGCCAAAAAAGAUCCAAAACUUUGCCCGUUCAGCCCUCGUGAAGCCUGUCACAAUAAAUGUGGGACGCGCGGGUGCUGCGUCAAUGAACGUCACCCAGCAUGUUGAGUACGUUAAGCAAGAGGCAAAAGUGGUAUAUUUGCUGGACUGCCUGCAGAAGACCGCGCCGCCCGUGCUCGUUUUUGCUGAGAAGAAGCAGGAUGUGGAUUGCAUACAUGAGUAUUUGCUGCUGAAAGGCGUGGAGGCGGUGGCAAUUCAUGGCGGAAAGGAUCAGGAAGAACGAUCGCGAGCGGUCGAUGCUUACCGCGUGGGCAAAAAAGAUGUGCUGGUGGCCACCGAUGUGGCCUCGAAGGGCCUCGACUUUCCCAACGUGCAACAUGUUAUUAACUAUGACAUGCCGGACGAUAUUGAAAACUAUGUGCAUCGUAUUGGCCGUACAGGUCGUUCCAACACUAAGGGAUUGGCUACCACGCUAAUAAACAAGAUAACUGAGCAGUCGGUCCUGCUAGACCUGAAGCACCUGCUCAUCGAGGGCAAGCAAGAGGUCCCAGAUUUCUUGGACGAACUGGCGCCUGAGACCGAGCACCAGCACCUGGACCUGGGCGAUUCGCAUGGCUGCACCUACUGUGGUGGUCUAGGCCAUCGCAUCACGGAAUGCCCAAAGCUGGAGGCUGUUCAGAACAAGCAAGCUUCAAACAUAGGACGUCGCGACUACCUUUCAAAUACCGCAGCAGAUUACUAAACCCCGACCACCACCUUAUUAAAAUAAUAAUAAAUAGAUUAGUAUACAUACAUA